AUGUCACUGACAUCGCAACCCGCGCUCCUCAAACCCGCUUACCAGCAACCCACGCUCCUCAAACCUGCUUACCAGCAACCCACGCUCCUCAAACCCGCCCCUUACCAGCAACCCGCGCUCCUCAAACCCGCUUACCAGCAACCCGCGCUCCUCAAACCUGCUUACCAGCAACCCGCGCUCCUCAAACCCGCCCCUUACCAGCAACCCGCGCUCCUCAAACCCGCUUACCAGCAACCCGCGCUCCUCAAACCCGCUUACCAGCAACCCGCGCUCCUCAAACUGCUUACAGCAACCGCGCUCUCAACCGCUUACCAGCAACCUGCGCUCCUCAAACCCGCCGCUUACCAGCAACCCGCGCUCCUCAAACCCGCUUACCAGCAACCCACGCUCCUCAAACCCGCCGCUUACCAGCAACCCGCGCUCCUCAAACCCGCCGCUUACCAGCAACCCGCGCUCCUCAAACCCGCCGCUUACCAGCAACCCGCGCUCCUCAAACCCGCCCCUUACCAGCAACCCGCGCUCCUCAAACCCGCCGCUUACCAGCAACCCGCGCUCCUCAAACCCGCUUACCAGCAACCCGCGCUCCUCAAACCCGCCGCUUACCAGCAACCCACGCUCCUCAAACCCGCUUACCAGCAACCCGCGCUCCUCAAACCCGCUUACCAGCAACCCGCGUUCCUCAAACCCGCCGCUUACCAGCUACCCAUCAGUACUGGUAAUUCAGUGCCUCCUGACAUACGUGAGGCCCUUCUAGACAUGUGA